CGCCGUAACCUGUAGCAACGGGGAGAUGUCGCUUCCGGCUGGUUUGGGGCGGCGGCGGGGGUUGUGGGAGUUUCGAGAUCGUGGAACGAUGUGACAAAUGGGAAACUGAGGCCAGGGUGGAGGCAGGCCCUAAGGACCGCGUUGGCCCUCUCUCCUGGACUCGCGCAGUGGAUGGAGCUUGUGCCUCGUGGCUCCUAUUUCCCAAAGCAGGAAAUUGAGGCCAAGGGAAGGGGCAGGUUUGUCCCGAGUCUAUAGCCUAGCCCGCUUGCUGUUACAAAUGUCUUUGACUCCUCUCAAGGGGGCAUGAGCUUUGUCUUCAUCCCUCCCCACCCUCUGCGCUCUGCAGGGUGUUCCGAGAAGCAGCCAUGUCGUCCCUGUACCCAUCCCUGGAGGACCUAAAAGUGGACCAAGCCAUUCAGGCCCAGGCCAGAGCCUCACCCAAGAUGCCAGCCCUGCCAGUCCAGGCGGCAGCCAUUUCUCCAACACCAGUUUUGUACCCAAACUUGGCAGAAUUGGAAAAUUAUAUGGGUCUUUCCCUCUCCAGCCAAGAAGUCCAGCAGAGCCUGCUUCAGAUUCUAGAGGAUGACAGUACAGCGGCUUCGGGCCCUGGGCCCGGCCAGGUGGUGGCACCGGUGUCCGGGUACAACCUGGGCGUGCGGCGAGCGGAGAUCAAGCCCGGCGUGCGCGAGAUCCACCUGUGCAAGGACGAGCGCGGCAAGACAGGGCUGCGGCUGCGGACAGUCGACCAGGGGCUCUUUGUGCAGUUGGUCCAGGCCAACACCCCUGCAUCCCUUGUGGGGCUGCGCUUUGGGGACCAGAUCCUGCAGAUUGAUGGCUGUGACUGUGCUGGGUGGAGCUCGCACAAAGCCCAUCGGAUGGUGAAGAGGGCAUCAGCUGAGAAGAUCGUCAUGGUGGUUCGGGACAGGCCAUUCCAGCGGACUAUCACCAUGCACAAGGACAGCACGGGCCAUGUGGGCUUCAUGGUCAAGAAGGGGAAGGUCGUCUCUUUGGUCAAAGGGAGUUCUGCGGCCCGCAACGGGCUCCUCACCAACCACUAUGUGUGUGAGGUGAACGGGCAGAAUGUCAUCGGGCUGAAGGACAAACAGAUCAUGGAGAUUCUGGCCACAGCUGGGAAUGUUGUCACCCUGACCAUCAUCCCUGCCGUGAUCUACGAGCACAUGGUCAAAAAGUUAUCUCCAAUGCUGCUCCGCCACACCAUGGACCACUCCAUCCCAGAUGUCUGAAGCCAUCAGAGGGCAGGGCAGGCCUCCCACCCUCCUGCGGCCAAGGGCGACCACCCUCCGACUAUGGGUUGCAGCUGGCCUGCUGCCUAAGGUGGGGGUUGCCUUGAGGGGGGCAUGUCCAGGAGGGUGACCACGGGAUGGCAUGGGUGUGUCGUUUAUAAACAGGCAUCCUUGGAGCCUCAGACUCCAAGCUGGGUUGAGGCUCAGGCAAGGCCCACAGGCAGACGAUUCUCUGGUGCUGGUUUAAAUGCUGGCCACGUAGGCAGGCUGCCUAGACACUUCUUAAAGUUGUAACUGGGCCCCUUUCAAGAUUUUGCUCUACUAGGAAAACAGUUAUACAUUUUAAGAGACCAGAGUGACAUUCUUUGUGAGAGCUUUUUCCUUGCCUGGACUUGCUCUUUGUCAUAGACUGCGGAAGUUCUCAGCCUUGAUCAUCUUUUGAAUAAAGAUUUGAUUGUAAACAAAA